AUGUUCAUAAGAAACUUUUCGUUACUACUAGUAUUUACAUGGUGUACAUUGCUUACUACCUCUAAUUUGUCAACUUACGCUUAUGUAUUGGAAAAUUUUGAACUGGAGAAUAAGAUAACUUCACACAUAUUAAAAUUUGGUAACAAAGAUAGUGAAUCAACGAAGUUAGGUUCAACAGUCCAUAUAAAAAUCAAAUCCUUUUCACCAAUUCUUAAUUCUGACCUUGUGGGUGAAUCUACCCAAACGUUCGAGAUCGGAAAGCAUUCCGUUACUCCACUAAACAAUGCCCUAGUGAAUAUGAGAGUAGGUGAAACACGACGCAUCGGGAUCCCAUUGGCUAAUAUUGGUAAAAUUUACUAUGAAAUUUCUCUUUUGGACAUAUUAAUUCACUGA